AUGUAUUCUUUCUCAUCAAACUCCUCAACUCAGAGUGGGAAACCGCCGCCGUCAUUCCGGUCAGCGCUCCACACCGUGCGUAAACCUACCAAGAAGCCCAUCGCUCCGCCCCUACCAGCCCCGCCAAGAAUAUACAAGGUGGCGCCUGUCGAGUUCAAGGAUGUGGUCCAGAAGCUGACGGGUGGGGUCGAGCUCCAGCCCACCCGGCUGCAGGAGGUGGCGCCGCCCCCUCUCAGCCUCCACCCACCGCAUCACUCUAACUUCGUCCAGCAUUCAGAAAAUGAAGAGGAAAAAAGUCAGAAAUCAACGGACAGUUGUUUUGGGAUUCUAAGCCCACUCGGGUUUAGCAUAUCGCCGUCAUCGCUGGCUUGGUGUUCGGCUAUGCUUCUCAGUCCAGGAACACUUGCUUCCUUCGACCCAAGUCUAGUUCUUUAG